UCUUUCGUAUGAUGCUGAUAGUGCUCCGGAACGCUUCUGCUGAAAGAAGUGCACGCAUUUUCGUUUGAUACAUUGAAGAAAAUGUUCGUAUAGUAUCGUUAAAAAAAAUUGAUUGAGGACAAACUUUAUUGUUUGAAUAAUUCGCGUGAGAAAUUGACUGAUCAGUGCUUUCACCAUGGACAGAAGAAAAAUGUCUACAGCAGGGGACUCCCUCUAUCAGAUUUUGGAAGUUCCAAAAACUGCUACUUCAGAAGAAAUUAAAAAAACUUAUAGAAAACUGGCCCUGAAAUACCAUCCUGACAAAAAUCCUAACAAUCCAGAAGCAGCUGAAAAGUUUAAAGAAAUAAAUAGGGCACAUGCCAUACUGACAGAUCUAACAAAACGUAAUAUAUAUGAUAAUUAUGGAUCUCUUGGUCUAUACGUCGCAGAGCAGUUUGGAGAAGAAAAUGUUAACGCUUACUUUGUUGUCACAUCUGGAUGGUGCAAGGCAUUGUUUAUAAUUUGUGGAAUAAUUACUGGCUGUUACUGUUGUUGCUGUUGUUGCUGUUGUUGCUAUUUCUGUUGCGGUAAAUGUAAACCAGCUCCUCCCGAGGAUAGUGGUGCAUACCACAAUUUACAGCGGAACCUGAAUCCAGAGGCUGUUGUGACAAAUCAACCGCGAGGUUUCGGCAAGGAAGAAGAAAGCGAUGAUGAUGCUGUGACAGCUCAACCUCAGAGUAGUGCAUCGCAAAAUGCAUCUAAUAUGCAGCAACCAAUAUUUGCGAUGCCUGCACCAGGAUCAGCAGCACCAACGUCAACGGCUAACGAAAGCACGAACCUAAACAGCGGCGGCGAUCGUGUGAUUUAUACAACUGGUAUUGCGAGUUCUUGAAAAUGCAUAUUACGAGUUUUAUCUUUUGCAUAUUGCUAUUGAUCAUCCAAUCCACGUCUCUCGUCCAAAAUCAUUCAUUUUAUUUUUUCUUGCCCACUUUUUUGUUAAUUAAUAUAUUUUAUCACUUCUUUAUAUCAAUAGCAAUUUUAUAGUAGAAAAAGAUGUUAAC